CGUGGAGGCGUCAGCUGGCGCUCCCUCCCUUGACUGCGGUCCUGGAUAGCGCCCAGAGAUGCAUGCAUGUUCUAUGAACAGCAGCCUGGGGGUAAGCCAGCGUAUCUGUGAGUGGUUCGUGCUAUGUAUGCUCAUCUUAGUCUAUCAAGGUGCAGACGGAUCAGACCUACAAAGACACCAAGGCGCCUCGAGUGCAUGCGAGACGUUUGAGCGUUCAUCUUUGCCGUCUCUUGGCCAGUGCUCGGUGCUAAUACCCCCAGAGCUCGAAUCUGCGUUGUAGCAUAGCUUGCUGGCCUCAAGCAUCUUUAUCUCUAUCGUUCAUCAUGCCGUCUAUUUCUAUCUUCGUCUCUGCAAGUGUGCUGUUAGCUCAGUCUACAGUUGCAUUCAACUGCUCAAUCAAGCCUGUCUAUGUCGACAUUCACAAACGCGUUGUUCACGACUCGUUAGCACUUCAGUACGGAGCGUUCAUCGGAGUCGGCACGGGCGAGACUGCGUCAGCAACGUCAGCACAGAACCACAGCUUGUGGCCAUCAUUAUCACAAAAUCAUAUGUCGUUUAGUGCGCAUAGCUACUGUGACAAGAGCACGCUCAGCAAUUGCGAGGACUCGACCGGUGGUUUCUUCAGCAGUAACGACUCUACAUCCUUUGUGGAGUACAAAGACUUUAAGACCUUAGAUUCGGAUCUCAAUAACACCCUCGAAGGCUACUUUGGUCAAGACAGCCUCCGGCUGUAUACUCACUUCUUCGAAACAGAUGGGGCAUCACAGACUCUCAUUCCGAAUUCGACUAUUGAAGUUGCUACAAGCGGAAAUGUCGUACCCGGAAGGAUUGGGAUGGGCGCAGAGUCAACACUUCUACGAGAUCUUGCCAGCCGCGAGAUGAUCACAGGCAAGACGUACUCACUCUACAUCGGCCAAGGUUUCGAUCGUGCCGGAGGCAUGGUCAAUGGCAGCAACGUUUUCGGAGGCUACGACUCAGGUCGCUUCACAGGGACUCCGCAUCAGUACCCCAUGGACCUGAGUAAGGUCAACCCGAUGAGUGUACGCAUCAAGGAUAUUGUCAUUACGCAGACAGGGAGCGGAUCGAAUCAGUCCUUGUUCAGCACCAACGCUUUCCCUGACAUGAAGUCAACACCACAGACUUUCGAGGCUGAAAUCACUACUGAGCAGUUCCCGCUAUCACUACCAUAUCAGAUCACUCAGAACUUCAUUAAAGCCGCCGCCGCUCAGAAGGACAACUAUUGGGGCGACAACUCCCUGAAGGCGGACGGAUCAUUCAACGUCACACUUUCAAUCGUGCUGGAGGACGGUCUCACCAUCACUUUCCCGCCCGAGGUCCUCAGGAACACCUCAAAUAUCACUCCCAUCCAGGACCGUGACGAGAAGGACGACUCUCCAUUCCUGCUCGGCUCCGCCUUCCUCGGUCAAGUUUACCUCAUGGCCGACUACGAAAGCAGCAACUUCUUCCUUGCCAAAGCCGUACAGAAGAACAACAUGGUUAUGCCCGUCACCUUCUGUCCCAAGUCAACACCUGAGGCUUACGAGCGACCCACGCAGAACCAGUGGCAAAGCCAAGGUCUGAUCGGUGCUGUUAUCGGAGGUGUCAUCGGAGGCAUCGGAUGUAUUGCUGCUCUGUACUGCUUGUAUGUUAGCUGGUUGAGGAAGUCGGACGAGAGGAGGUUGAAGAGGGACUUGGCGAGGAACAGUGCUGCCAAAAUUGAGCAGAUGGAUAUUGAGUCCGCACCGAGCUUUGAAGGGCCACCAAAGACAAGUGUGAAAGAGAAGGCGACGUUCUGGAAGAAGGGGUAGUUUGGUGCUAGUUUUGUUCGUUACGUCUAGCUUUUGCAAUUUCGAUUUGUUUCGUUUCUUAU